GUUCUCACAAGUGAUAAAACUCUCAGAAAAUUGGCUGCUCCAACUCUCUUCAAACUUUAUUUGCGCUGUUAAUAGUAGUAUAUAUGCAUUUACGCUGGCUUUAAAAAUUCAAACUUGAUCUAAUUUUCUUCUAAGAAUGUUGAUCUUUGCGACCCUUCUGUUGGUGUCUCUAGUGUGCGACGCCCAGUAUUUCGAGAACGAGCCAGUGUGGCUUUCCCAGCACUACACUUCUUCCUGCUGGCCGGCGUCUCAGGUGUUCAAGACCCCAAACAUUUGCCUGUGCUCCCAAAUGUGCUUGAAAAAAUUGUGCAUGGCGAUUUCGUACAACGAAUCAACGAAAUCGUGUGUGUUGACGGGAGCCACCGAGUUGGCAGGGAAUGGUCAGCAACGCUCGCACAUAUUCCGCCGCAAUGAAACUGUCGUCCGCAAGAAUGUCGCUCUCAUGAAGUCCGUGAUCGCUUCGUCCGUGUAUUCGACUAUAGGACCAGAACACGUGACUAAUGGAAAUUCAAAUGUCGAUGACCUUUUUCACUCGGCAAUUGGCGAUCCACUGCCAUUCAUCGUUAUAGAUCUCGAGCAAGAAAUGAUGAUCCAGAGACUGCGGAUUAUGCCUCGAAGAAACUACUUCGAUCCUACGAGGUUCAUCAACAUCUCGAUUCGUGGCGGGACCGCUGAAGUCCCAGGACCGGACUUCUCUUCGUACACGGAGCUCGCCUUCUUCGUUGGACCUCCGGUGAACCCGGCGACUUGGAUAACGUUCGACUUACCUACGCCGAUUUGUGCUCGCUUUGUAUCCGUACAACGCACUGCCACUACGGGGCAGAGAUUCUUGGAGAUAAAUGAGGUCGAGGUAUAUGGACCUCUGUGAAACAUUUACAUCCUCAUUUGGCUGAGAGAAAUGAGCGGAAAUUUUGAGAUUCAGAUCUACGAAGCCAUAGAGAAAAUUCAUGUUCUGAUAUUUAUAAAGUUAAAAAGUUGCUCGUAAUCCUGUUGGUUUAGAGCGAUAUCCAUACACAGAGCAAAGAAUUUAGAUGCCCCCCAUUGUAGGCAAAAUCGAUUAUAAUAUGUCCAGCGGUUGCUACGGUAAAAUGUUAUUCGUGUUCUCAAUACAUACAGGAUCGGUUUACUACAACGAUAAUUUAUAUUAUGUAUAACGGAAAAUCAAUAUAAAAAUUAAAACUGCUUCGAUUAUAUUUUUUAUAUUUCUUCAGCACCUUCCACUGUCAUAUAUUAUUGGAUUCACUGGCUUGCAUCGAGUAAAUUUCCAAAAUUUAACAUGUUUAUAUUUUAUUUAACAUUUGGGUCUAUUCAAAUAAUCAGUGUUCCAUGAAAUUUUCUCGUCCAUGAUAUAAUAAUUGUUUAGGGAAACUAGAGUUUGCAGUAUACAGUAGCCUAUUAGUUACUCACGUUAGUUUAUGACUGAUCGGUCAUCAGUUGAUGAUGUAAGUUUAUGACUGAUCGGUUAUCAGUAAAUUGUGUUAGUAUUUGUUCCUGGACUUGAAUAUUUUUCGCUAGUAAUGAA